CGACUGCUCUCAACCAUGCCAAAGGCCCCGCAACCCAAGACAACAGUCAGCAAAAUUGCAGACAAGCAUAAUGCUGAUACAAUUGCUUCCGAGAACGACAAGCAAGAGGGGUCUUCAAAGACCAUGCUAGCAGCAAAUGACAUCACAUUCGAAUUUCUCGAGCGCGACACUAUGGGAGCGACGUGGUACGAAGCUUUGCGUGGUGAAUUUACCAAAUCCUACUUCAUCAAGCUCAAAGCUUUUAUUGCAGAGGAGCGGAAGUCAAAUACCAUAUACCCUUCUGUGGACAAUAUCUACUCAUGGUCGCGCCUCACGCCGCUGGAUACUGUGAAGGUAGUAAUUCUGGGACAAGAUCCCUACCACGACGUCGGCCAGGCCCAUGGCCUCUCCUUCUCCGUCCUUCCUCCAACAAAGCUCCCGGGGUCGCUCAGGAAUAUCUACAAGGAAAUCAAAACAGAAUACCCCUCAUUCGUGCCACCCACUUCCGGUGAUUUGACACCACUAGCCGAAGCCGGUGUUCUUUGGCUCAACGCCAGCCUGACUGUUCGAGCACACAAGGCAGGCUCCCAUUCCAAGAAAGGCUGGGAACAGUUUACCAAGCAAGCACUGCAAUGUGUUGCGAAUGGCCAGCGCGGGGUAGUCUUCAUGGCUUGGGGCUUACCCGCACAGAAAACUAUCGAUCUUAUUGGCGUAGACGAGAGUCGACAUUUAGUCUUACGCUCGGCACAUCCUUCUCCUCUGUCCGCUCAUCGGGGGUUCUUGGGGAAUGGACAUUUCCAGAGUGCUAACGAAUGGCUACAAGAGAAGCAUGGCCAAGCAGGCACCAUUGAUUGGGAAAUGUUAUCCGCAGCGCGCAAGUCCAAGUCGAAAUAG